UUUGUAUAUGUGUGUGUGUGUCUGUUGCUGAAUGUUGAAUUCGCCCAGUGGCGAAGUGGAAGUUACGUCAAAAGGCGCGACAACAACUACAACAACUGAAACGGAAACAGAAACAACAGCAAGCGACGCGCCAAGCCGUGUGUCAGCCUUUGGCGCGUCUUCCUCUGCCCUGCCGCUGCCCCCGCUGUUGGCCCGAGUUACCGUUUGUUGUAUUUGUUUUUGUUAUUUUUGCUUUCACUUUUUGUUUUCUAUUUAUUUUAUUACCGAUUGCUGAUUUUCAGCCGGCAACGCGGCUCGUGCACGGACGCUUAUGUAAAGUGUAAUAUGGAAGCAUGUCUUCCACAUCCAGCUCCGUGCUAGCGCUGUCAUCGUUCAAUUUAUUAUUUUUCACCCAAGUGCUAACGGUGCUCAGUAUCACCAUCAAGUACAACGAAUAUGCGACAGAUAAAGGCGGAAAUGUUAGCAUACCCUGCAUAGCACAAGGCAAUAUUAUGUGGGUUAUGGAACACGGCAGCAAUAGCACAAUAAUACAGACGGGUCGUAUAUUGGUGUUGCGUAAUGUGAGUACCUCGGAUGGCGGCAUCUAUGUUUGCUUUGCGACGCUGCCAGUGACAACAACAAGAGCAACAUCCACAGCAGGAGCAGCAAUCCCAGCAACAGCAGCAACUACCUCAUCGCAGCAGCAGCAGCAGCAAACCCUGGCAGUGGAACAGGGGGAGGAGCAAGAGCCGAAUGCAGAGGAGGUGGAGGUGGUGGAGCAGGCGUAUCAGGCUUAUCAACGUAUCAAGCUGACGGUGCGCACCACACCUGGCCCGGUGUCGCAGCUUUAUUUCAAGGCCUCCACCAUACUGGGCUUUCUGAUUUGGCGCUUCAAUAAGACUCAAUCCGGUGGCUAUCCUGUGCGCAGCUUUACGGCCGAAUAUCGCAAUGUCUCGUACCGCACGCCGCCGGCGAAUGCCAGCUACGAGCACGAAUGGAUUCGCAUGGAUCCCAUCAAUAUAGCGCCCAAUGUGCGUCAAAUGGAGGUCUAUCGCCUGGCGCCCAACACCACAUACGAGUUUCGUAUAUGGGCCAACAAUGAGCUGGGCAGCGGUGAGGUGGUCACCACCAAUGUGACAACAUUGCCAGAGACCAAGGAGGAGGAUCUCAUACGCCUUAUAAAACCCGACUUAGAUAAUUUCGAUCCACGCAUUUGGAUAGUCGCCGUCAGUAUAGUGCUGGGAACACUUGUGAUAUUAGCCAUUGGACUCUGUAUUGUGCUCUCUAAGGAGUGCUAUCAAUCAACGCAAAUGGAUCUCCAAGAUGGUUGGGACAGCAUUGAGCUUAUACCGAAUAUAAUACUUAAUCCCGGUUUCAGUGAAUCCGAUGAAACCAAGAACAUGCAGCCGUUUACGCGCCACAUUCUUUUUGGCCACACGGGACAGCAAUAUACCCAUAAUGUUGUUAAUGAUGAUGACGACGAUGAUGAUUACGACGAGGAGGAGGAGGAGGAGGAUCUCGAGCCGACAAUGGAAAAGUUCAAGCGCAAAGUUUCGGUAUUCUUUACAGGUCCCACCAUCAAACGUAUUUGAAAGUACAAAGUGCAAUUUUAUGGCUACGCCUAUACAGAUCUAUUUAGGUUGUUGAAUUGUGGCUACGGUUUAACCAAAUAUACAUACAUACAUACGUUUGUACAAUACUCUGUAGAGCUUAUUAUGUUUGUGCAAAAAUAGGCAAAUCAUUUCCUUCGGUUUCAUUUGCCAUUCGACACGAAUAUACCAAUUUUUGAUAAACUAAACGCUAUUCGCUUCAAGGACGCUUCGAGACAAACGCAUUCAAAACUAUUUACUAUCUAUGUAAUUGUUAUUAACAAUUUCUUUUGUGAACUGUCAAGGCGUUCUGCUAAAAUGUGAGCUUCAUCAAGUGCUGAGAUCUUAACAAUUAUUGCUCUGUUCCAAUUUUUCCAGAUUCUUUCGAGAUAACUGAACAGACUAGCGCUCACUUUGUAGCUUAUCGUGAUUAAGAGAAAUACAACUAAAUAUGUUAACAAUUUGAAUUUUUCGAAAAAUUAGUUUAAAGAAAUGUUCAACAUUUUGUGCUCAUAUUUUGGUUAGACACACACACACACACAAACACACACAGACACGCACACACACAUUUCUUCUAAUCAUGUGUAUUUUACAUAAUAAAAAAUAACAAAUAUAUUGCUGUGAUACAAAUUCAAUUGAAGGACAUUAUAAAGAUUUAUUAAUAGCAAAAUCAAAUCGAAAUCUCAUGCACAAAACAAAAAAAAAAAAAAGAAAGAAAAGAAACCACAAAUUCUUGUGUAUUUUAGUUAAGUAGCGAAUUAUUGUUAAUUAUUGUUAAAACAAAGCAUAGUACGUGCAUCACAUAUUUGCUGAAGAUAAUUAUUUUGAAUAUUUUUUUCAAAAUAACCAAAGAGAAUUUAGAAAACUUUUAAGAGUUUUGAAUAGCUGACAACAAGCUGGCGAACAACUAAAUGAAUUAAUUAAAUGCAGUCUCCAGAUCCGUUAAUAUAUAACUAUGAUUUCCUCAAGUCAGAUAAUCAAAAACCAAAACAAAUAAAAUAACAACUAAAUAAAAUCGAAUAACUGUGAAUGAAUUUUAUAAUUGAGCAAAUAUUUUGCACUGUAGCGCGCACCAAAAAGAUACUUAUACAUAUGUACAGUGUACAUUAGUCCCGUAUAAAUGCUCUGAUUGAUUGAAACAUCUGAUUGAUUGUUAGAAACAAGUUUUUUAAAACAUUUUCAAAAUGCCUUGUGCUUUAGUUUGAUUUUGGGGCUACAGGAAACUAAAACGUGUGUAUAAACAUAUAUUAUAUGCAUACAUACAUAUAAACUGUCUAGUUAAAGUAGCUGAAUACAAUUUAUAAAAAAUAACACUGCUUCCACAAAAAUGAAAACAAAAAAAACAGCCCAAAAACAAUGAAAUUGUUAUGAUAUUACUUAUAGAGACACGUUCAGUUGAAUGCAAACAAUAUAAACCAAAUGAGAUUUCAAAACUAGCACACAACUGAGAACUACUCUAAUUGAUUGUAUAAAUACUAUAUAUAGUAUAUAUAUAUAUAUAUAUAUAUAUAUAUAUAUAUAGAUAAUGUUUAUAUACGAAUAUACAAUGUUAUGUGUAUUAUGUUAAUUAAGAAAGACUGUAGCUAACUAUUAAGACAUUUGGCCAGAUUGCUAUGCUUUAAACUAUUCUGCGAUUAUUUUCUAUUAUAUUUAACGAUAUAUUAGCUUAACUGCUCGCCUUUCAGCUAAACUAAAAACUAAAUGAGCAAAAAAAAAAGAAAAAAGAAACAAAAGAAUACGCUAUUGAAUCGAUGCUAUUUCCUAAUGCACACACUUAACUAACUCAUUUCUUUUUAUGAGAAAGGAAUACCCUAAAUACCUAUAUAAAAGCACGCUUAAGCCCUCAACUACGCAUAAGUAGUUAUUGCUUCAAGUUCGUUCAAGAAUCGUUCUGAAUACGCUAAAUUUCCACCCAGUCCGCCGGAAGAAGUCACUGCUCUUUAAUCUUUAAUCAUAACAACAAAUCUGUGGAUAUAGUACGUAAUAAUGUACAUAUAGCCGCACUCAGAUUUUACAAUUCAAAUAACUUCAAAGCUCGAAUGCUUUUUGUAAAUGAACCUUGAAUUAUUUAUAAAAACAACAACGAUUUCCAUAAAAAGCAAUUGAAAACACAAACAAGAAACACUCACAAGCAGACACACCCACUCACACACACACACACACACACAUACGCAAAAAAGUAAAGAAAUAAAAUUAAGUUUACAUGAAGUAAACCAAU